CCCUCCGCGCACGCGCCGCCCCCGCGCGCGGGCGUCCCUCUUCUCCGUGCGCGUCGGGCGGCGCGGCGCAUGCGCGGGGCCGCGCGCGCAGGCGCGGCGCGGUGCACCGUGGGAUACUGCGGCCCGGGCAGGCUGCACCGGCGGAGCGGGCGGCGGCGCGAUGGCCUCCAGCAGCGGCACCGACGUGAUCCAGGUCACCAACGUCUCGCCCAGCGCCAGCUCGGAGCAGAUGCGGACCCUCUUCGGCUUCCUGGGCAAGAUCGAGGAGCUGCGCCUCUUCCCCCCCGAUGACUCCCCCUUGCCGGUGUCGUCGCGCGUGUGCUUUGUAAAGUUCCACGACCCCGACUCGGCCGUGGUGGCCCAGCACCUGACAAACACUGUGUUCGUUGACAGAGCCCUCAUAGUCGUUCCCUAUGCUGAAGGAGUCAUUCCUGAUGAGACUAAGGCUCUGUCUCUCUUGGCACCAGCUAAUGCCGUGGCAGGGCUGCUGCCCGGGGGUGGCCUGCUGCCCACUCCCAACCCUCUCUCUCAGAUUGGUGCUGUCCCUUUAGCUGCUUUAGGAGCUCCUGCUCUCGACCCUGCCCUUGCUGCUCUUGGGCUUCCUGGAGCAAACCUGAACUCCCAGUCUCUUGCAGCAGAUCAGCUCCUAAAACUGAUGAGCACAGUGGAUCCAAAGUUGAACCAUGUGGCUGCAGGUCUCGUGUCCCCCAGUCUGAAGUCAGAUACCUCCAGUAAAGAAAUAGAAGAGGCCAUGAAGAGAGUCCGAGAAGCACAGUCCCUAAUCUCUGCUGCUAUAGAGCCAGACAAAAAAGAUGAAAAGCGAAGACAUUCGAGGUCGAGGUCGCGCUCGAGGAGGAGGAGGACACCUUCCUCAUCCAGACACAGACGCUCCAGGAGCAGAUCAAGGAGAAGGUCCCAUUCCAAAUCCAGGAGCAGGAGGCGAUCCAAAAGUCCGAGGAGAAGGAGAUCUCAUUCCAGAGAGAGGAGCAGGAGGUCUCGGAGCACAUCCAAAACCAGGGAUAAAAAGAAGGAAGAGAAAGAAAAGAAACGUUCUAAAACUCCCCCCAAAAGCUACAGCACAACCAGAAGAUCCAGAAGCACAAGCAGAGAACGGCGGCGCCGGCGGAGCCGGAGCGGGACGCGGUCCCCGAAAAAGCCCAGGUCUCCCAAACGGAAAAUGUCCCGGUCCCCGUCACCCAGAAGGCAUAAAAAGGAAAAGAAGAAGGAUAAAGACAAGGAGAGGAGCAGAGACGAGAGGGAGCGGUCAACGAGCAAGAAGAAGAAGAGCAAAGACAAGGAGAAGGAUCGAGACCGGAAAUCCGAGAGCGACAAGGAUGUGAAACAGGUCACAAGGGACUACGACGAGGAGGAACAGGGCUACGACAGCGAGAAGGAGAAGAAGGAGGAGAAGAAGGUGGCGGAUGCUCCCUCCCCCAAAGGGAAGGAGCCCGGGGCCGAGAAGGGCAGCGGGGAUCCGGGCAGGGAAUCCAAGGUGAACGGGGAUGACCACCACGAGGAGGACAUGGACAUGAGCGACUGAGCUGCCCACAGCCCCUCAGUGUGAUCCUUUAUGCUGUACUUGUUAAUCCUCAACCUAGAUGUAUCCAGCUCCGAGCUCUCCAUGGUCUGUCCAUCCCGAUACUAACUCACACCCAAAGCUUGAGACAGGGAUCCCCUGCUCCGGGGCCCAGCUGGGGCCGGGCCGGCCCGCACGUCCCUCCCAGCAAGGGCUGGCCUACCCCUCCUCCCUCCCUCCCUCCCUGCUUCCCUCCCUCCCUCCGGAGUGUCCCUGGCUGAGCCAGCAGGGCCCAGCGGUGUGGCAGUGUCCCAGCAGUGUGGGGAGUGUGGCACAGCCCCCCUGUCCUGCAGCCACCGAGGGGCUGCCGGGGCCUCCUGGACACUCCGGAGUCGGCCUUGAAUCGCACCAGCUCUUUGUGCUCUUGGCUUUAGUUCUGGUUUGAAGCCACGUGCUGGGCUUGGCUGGGUUUGGUUUCCGGUGGGUUUUGGUUGGCUUUGCCCAGGGUUCUGUGCUCUGACCUUCCUGAGGGCUCUGUCUCCACUGGGUCCGUUCAGCUCCACCCAGGGCGAGCUGGGAUGGUCUGACCUCGGGAAGGGCAAUCCUGGCCGUGCCCAGUGAGGGAGGGUUGGGGGAGCAGCCUCACCCAGGGCUGGGGCUCAGGAGCUCACCCGCUGCAGCAGGGAGUGCAUUUUAAAAUGACCUUGGUCUGUUUUUAAAGCAAGUCCAUUGAUAAUGUACUUUUUACUUGAUCUCAAGUUGUACAAACGGAUAAAUUUGUGUUCCUGUCCCGGCCGUUCCCUCCCUCCCGCACUCGGUGAUCCCAUGGUAUUUGCAGAGUAGUUACCCAAAGCUGUUCCUUAGUUCCAGCAGCUCCAGAGCUUUUACUUUUGUGCAGGUAAAGAGACAAAAGUAGCCGACAGUCUGUGCCAUGUCGAUGUACAGUUUCGGAAAAUGUUUUACAAAACUUUGAUAAUAAAACCCUGAAACUUCA